AGGACUAAAGUACAAUAACUGAUCCGAAAAGAAACGAAAAAAGCGGAAGAUCAUGCAAACUUACACUUAAAAGCUCGUUUUUUGCUUCUUCUUUUUUCCCUUUUUUCAUCCAAUUUCAUCAUCACAUUCAUGCUUUCUUCUUCUUCUCCAUUUCAUGGAUUCCUCGCUCACUACCCUUCUUCUCUUCAACAACACCAUUCAACCAGAGUUGAUGAGAAGCGUGCAUGUGUACCGUGGUGAAUGUGAUGGAGAAGAAAGAGAAGUUGAAAGAGAGUUUGUGUUUUCUAAGAAUGGUUCUUAUGUUGAAAUGCAAGCUACUCCAAUUCUUAGCUUGUUGAAAUCUUUUGUUUCUAAAGAAAUUUUUGAAGGGUAUACUAAUGGAGUGUGGCUUUGUAUUUUUGCUUUUCAUGCUUAUAAUACUCCUCCAUUUUCUCACAUUCCAACCCUUUUGUUGGUUACAAGAAAUCCAAAGCUUCAGGCUAUUCCAAACUUGCUCAAUGAUCUCCACAUGAUAUACAAGUUGGUCCCGAAGGAGGAACCCAAAGAUACACCAGAGAGCUCUACAGCGGAAGAAUCGAAAGGAAACAACAACAAUUUUCAGCCACCAAAAAAACUCUUUCCUGUGCUUAAUCAGGAUCUCAAUUGCCUUCCAUAUGAAGAUGAUGAGUCUGAGUUACUGGACGACAAGUCUGGGUUAUUGGAUAACAAGUCUGAGUUACUGGGUGACGAGACAGAUUUUGAAAGUUCAUCAGGUUCGGUAGGAAAGAAAAAGAGGGCAGCCAGUGACAUUGUUGCAAAAAUAACUUUACCAGAUUUGGUCAAGUACUUUGAUAUGCCAAUUGUAGAAGCGUCAAAGAGUCUAAAUGUUGGCCUUACUGUUCUAAAAAAAAAGUGCAGAGAAUUCGGUAUUCCCCGCUGGCCUCACAGGAAGAUCAAAUCACUUGACAGUCUCAUUCAUGAUCUUCAGGAAGAGGCGAAACAUCAGGACAUGGAGGAUAAAGCUGCAGCAAUGGCAGUGCUAAGGAGGCAAAAGAUGUUGGAAUGUGAAAAGGAAAACAUAGAGAAAAUGCCGUUCAUGGACAUACGAAGUGAGACCAAGAGAUUCAGACAAGAAGUUUUCAAGAGAAGGCACAGAUCUAGAGUUAUGGAAAAACAGAAUUCAACAGUAGCAAGCAAUUAGCACCUUUUUAGAGUCAUCAAACAUAGAGAGAAACAAAACCACAUUUUGCAAGUUGUAGAUCAGAAUCAAAACAUGUACAACUCUUCUAAUUGGUCAUUGACCUUUUAUAAUUUUUGCUUUGGACUUGUAUGUGGUUUGCAAUGUCUAUAGUCAACCUAUAGUAUCUUUAGAGUUUAUUUUGGCUUAAGUGACGAGUUAUGACAUAAACACUUUUCUAAGUGUUUGGAAGAGCUUAUGAAUUAUCAUAAGUUAUUUUUGAUCUAUUUUCUUCAACUCCGAGGAAUAGUUUAUAGAAACAACUUAUAAAGAGUUUAUACAUUUUUUUUUGUUUAUUUCG